AUGACAACCGUCCACCAGAUCCGUCGCGCGCAGCGCGCGGACGGCCCGGCGGCCGUGCUCGCCAUCGGCACGGCGAACCCGAAGGGCAGCAUGCUCCAGGACGACUACGCCGACUACUACUUCCGCGUCACCAACAGCGAGCACCAUGCCGAGCUCAAGGACAAGCUCAAGAGAAUCUGUAAGAAAUCUGGCAUCGAGAGGCGCUACGCGCACCUCGACGAGGAGCUCCUCAGCGCGCACCCGGACUUCAGCGAUCGCACCCUGCCGACCCUCGACGCGCGGAUAGACAUGGCCUCCGCCGCGGUGCCCGAGCUCGGCGCGUCCGCCGCGGUCAGGGCCAUCGCCGAGUGGGGGCGCCCGGUCGCCGACGUCACGCACCUCGUCUUCAGCACCUACUCCGGCGGGAAGGCCCCCAGCGCCGACCUCCGCCUGGCGUCGCUGCUCGGCCUCCGCCCCACCGUGUCCCGCAUCAUCCUCAGCCUCAACGGCUGCUCAGGCGGCGGCAGGGCGAUGCAGCUCGCCAAGGAGCUCGCCGAGAACAACCGCGGCGCACGCGGCCGUCUCGACACCAUCCUCGGCCAUGGCAUAUUCGGCGACGGCGCGGGCGCCGUCAUCAUCGGCGCCGACCCGGUCGACUGCAUCGAGCGCCCGCUGUUCGAGAUGGUUUUCGCCACGCAGACGACGAUACCGGAGACCGAGGACGAGAUCACCAUGCGGCUCAUGAAAGGCGGCCUCGACUUCCACGUCUCCGUCCGGGUGCCGAAGCUGCUGAAGAGCAAGAUCGAGCGCUGUCUGAUCGACGCGUUCCAGUCCAUUGGGAUCAGUGCUGAGUGGAACGAUCUCUUCUGGGCGAUCCACCCUGGUGGCCGUGCGAUUUUGGGCCAGGUUGAGCAACUGCUCGGGCUGGGCGUCGAUAAGCUGGCGGCGAGCCGACGGGUGCUGAGAGAGUAUGGGAACAUGAGUGGCGCGACGGUGAUCUUCGUGCUCGAUGAGCUGCGCCGGCGUAGGGCAAGGGGAGAGGAGGUGGCCGAGUGGGGUGUGAUGAUGGCGUUCGGUCCGGGGAUCACGAUCGAGACCAUGGUGCUGCACGCCACAAGCAUCCUCGAGGAGAACUAG